AUGGGUGGUCACGGCGAGUUCAUGCGGAGGGCAAGGCCCUACCUUACCAUGAUCACCCUGCAGUUCGGCUAUGCCGGAAAGCAUAUCCUCUCGAACGCGUCGCGCCGCAGUGGGGGAAGCCAAUACGUUAUUAUCCUCUACAGUCAUGCUUUUGCCACGCUAUCCAUGGCUCCUUUAGCAUUCAUUAUAGAAGGGCCUGUCAUGGACCAAAUCUUCUACCACGCCGGCCUGAAGCAUACAUCUGUUAUCUUCUCAUCCGCCAUGAGCAGCAUCUCGCCGGCCAUGACCUUCGUUGUGGCCGUGCUUAGCGGCAACAACUGGUUUAUGGGCUCCGGCUUCCACAUCUUAGCCACCUUAGCUUCGGCUUCUCUGUCUCUCCUUCAGGAGGAAACCCUAAAACAAUACUCUGCUCGGCUGUCUCUCUUGACAUUGAUAUACUUGGUGGGGACAUUGCAAGCUGCAGUAGUCACUUUCGUCUUGGAGCACAAGCCUGCUGUUUGGACCAUAGGCUUCGAUAUCAACUUCCUCGCUGCUGCUUACGCUGGAAUCGUCACAUCCAGCGUCGCAUACUAUGUUGAAGGGCGGGUGAUAGAGAAAAGAGGGGCUGUGUUUGCGUCAGCCUUCAACCCUCUUAGGAUGAUCAUAGUAGCCAUCAUGGGCGCGUCCUUCCUCAACGAAAAGAUCUAUCUCGGAGGCGUUCUUGGUGCGGUCCUCGUUGUUAUCGGCCUCUAUUACAUUCUUUGGGGAAACAACAUGGAAGAGUAG